UGCUACGAGAUCAAGAGAAAGAUUUAAACGGAUUUCAAAGGAGGAUCAAAUUAAGGGGGAGUCGGACUUCAUCCACAAAUGUGAGAAGUUAUUGCUAGUAGUAGAUGUGAAGAUCACACUUGCUUUGAAGUUAGAAGUUGAUGAGCCUCUUCAUGAAAAAUAUGAUGAUGAUCUCGAGAGGAUCAAACUCUUGUGA